AAAAUAAGAAGCAGCAGUUGAAAAUUUUAUUUGCGAUUUUUGUUGGAUUAAGUGAUAGUUUUGAGGUUGAAAAUGCGUUUGGCAAUGUCUUCUUCUUCAGCUCUUCCUCUUCCUGUUCCUUCAACUUUCUCACAAUCUCCAUCUUUGAGCUUAACCCAUCUCCCAAAUUACUCUUCUUUACCCCUCACAGACCAACAAUGCACUCUUACAGACUCAAAACCCAGAACAAUUCGCUUUCGUUUAAGCGAAUUAUGCAGACAAGGCCAACCCCAUCUCGCCCGCCAACUGUUCGAUACAAUUCCUCAACCAACAACUGUCCUUUGGAACACAAUUAUCAUUGGGUUUGUCUGUAAUAACAUGCCCCAUGAAGCCAUUUCAUUCUAUUCUCGAUUGAAACAUGUGGGUUCAUCCGUAUGUGAUCAAUAUAGUUAUUCCUCUGUUCUCAAGGCUUGCGCAGAGACCAAACAAAUUCUUGUAGGUAAAGCUGUGCAUUGCCACAUUCUGCGUUCUGGGAUUCAUCCUAGUAGGAUUGUUAGUAAUUCUUUGUUGAAUAUGUACUCUGCUACUUGUCUUACAUUGGAUAAUGGUUCUAAUUGUGAUUUAGUUGAAAGGGUGUUUAGAACUAUGCGUAAAAGAAAUGUUGUUGGGUGGAAUACUAUUUUUUCAUGGUAUGUGAAAAGGAAGAGGUUUUCGGAAGCAGUGAGGUGUUUUGUUAUGAUGAUGAGAUUAGGUAUUAAGCCAACUGUUGUUAGUUUUAUUAAUGUUUUUCCUGCUGUAUCAGAAAUAGGGGAUGUUAGAGUUGCUGAUGUUCUUUAUGGGUUGCUUGUAAAAUUGGGUAAUGCAUAUGUAAAUGACUUGUUUGUUGUUAGUGCUGCCAUUGUUAUGUAUGCUGAGCUUGGUUGCGUUGAUCUGGCGACCAGAAUAUUUGAGAAUACUUGUGAAAGAAAUACAGAGAUCUGGAACUCUAUGAUUAGCGGGUACAUUCAGAACAAUUUUCCUUUAAAAGCUGUUGAUCUCUUUCUUGAAGCUGUAGAAGCAGAGGAUGCUGUUACUACUGAUGAUGUGACAUUUGUAUCCGCUCUUAUGGCAACUUCACAGUUGCAGCAUUUGGAGUUUGCCCAACAGCUACAUGCAUGUUUGAUAAAGAAAUGCAGGGAUUCACAGGUUAUUUCGCUUAAUGCUAUGAUAGCCACAUAUUCUAGGUGUAACCAUGUUGGCGAUUCAUUUAAAGUUUUUAAUGGAAUGAAGGAAAGAGAUAUAGUGUCAUGGAACACCAUGGUGUCUGCUUUGGUACAGAACGGACUGGAUGAUGAGGCUUUGAUGCUUGUAUAUGAGAUGCAAAAGCUUGGGGUUGCAAUUGAUGAUAUAACAAUUACCAUCCUGCUUUCUGCGGCAUCAAAUCUUAGGGACAGGGAAAUUGGUAAACAGACCCAUGCUUAUCUUCUGAGGCACAAUAUUCAAUUUGAUGGGAUGGAGAGUUACCUCAUAGACAUGUAUGCCAAAUCUAAUAUGAUUAGAGAAGCACAAGCAAUAUUCCAGUCGAACUUCACAAAUGAUAAAGAUCAAGCCACGUGGAAUGCUAUGAUUGCUGGAAACACUCAAAAUGGAUUAAUUGAACAAUCCUUUGUUGUCUUCAAGGAGAUGCUAGAGCAAAAUGUGAAGCCAAAUGCUGUGACCUUAGCAUCAAUCCUCCCAUCAUGCAGCCAGUCAGGAAGUAUAGCAAUAGGCAAGCAGCUACAUUGUUUUGCGAUUCGCAAUUUGUUUGAGAACAAUGUUUAUGUUGUUUCUGCUUUGGUAGACAUGUAUUCAAAAUCAGGAAUCAUUGAUUAUGCUGAAAGUGUUUUUCUAAAAUCUCCUGAGAAGAACUCUGUGACAUAUACAAAUAUGAUUUUGGGAUAUGGCCAGCAUGGGAUGGGUAGGAAAGCUCUAACACUGUUCUACUCUUUGCGGCAGAAUGGUUUAGAACCAGAUGCUGUUACCUUUGUAGCAGUCCUGUCUGCUUGCAGCUACACCGGAUUGGUUGAUGAAGGCCUUCAAAUAUUUGAGCUGAUGGGCGAAGAAUAUGGGAUUCAGCCGUCGGCAGAGCACUAUGCUUGUGUGGUUGACAUGUUAGGAAGAGUUGGACGGUUGGAUGAAGCUCAUAAUUUUGCUAAACAGUUGGGUGUUGAGGGUAAUGUCUUGGGAAUAUGGGGAUCACUCCUUGCAGCCUGCAGAGUACAUAGAAAUUUUGAAUUGGGGAAAAUUGUUUCCAGUAAGCUGCUUGAAUUAGAGGGUAGUGAUAAAAUUUCUGGUUAUCAUGUUCUGCUCUCAAAUAUAUAUGCAGAGGAAGGAAACUGGCAGUCUGUAGAUAAUGUCAGAAGAGGAAUGCGCAAAAUGGGAUUGUCAAAGGAGGUUGGGUGUAGUUGGAUUGAUACUUCUGGAUAUCCACACUGUUUUGUAUCUAAAGAUAAGAAGCAUCCUCAGUACUGCAUGAUAUAUGAUAUGUUGGGAUAUUUAACCAUCAAUAUGAAGGAUGCUGGCUAUAAGCCUAAACUUGAACUAAUAGAAGAGUGGAUCUAUGGGCUAGAAGAAUAAAAAACUAUUAGUUCUCCCACUAUGUACCUUUGUACUCAUGACAUUUUUGGACAGGAUUUUGCUAGAGUUAAUAUGAUCGUAGUUUAUCAAUGACGAGCUGCCUUUGAAAUUCGAGAGCAAUCAAGAAUAUCCAUUUUACCUUUUUGGUGGGAAACGAGGAGUCCCAGAUCGCAAAAGAAGGGUCUUAUCCAAAAUGACAACUUCUAUCAAGCUGUCUGAUUGACUGAAGCACAUGUAAAUUAGAAAUAGGGGAUGUUAGAGUUGCUGAUUUACUUUAUGGAUUGCUUGUCAAAUUGGGUAAUGCAUAUGUAAAUGACCUGUUUGUUGUUAGUG